ACUGUAUAUGUAAUGUUCUGCUAGAUAGUUUACAUAAAAAAACAAAGUAAGUAUAAUUCUAUGUUGCAAUGCCAUAAAACGCCGGAAACUACUCAAAUGAUUUUUGUGACCAGUUGUUUUAUUGUUAAUUGUUAUGGGAUUGAAUUCAACAUUUUAUUACAUUACUCAUAACCAUGGUUUGGUGCGGUCCAGUUUAUUGCGUUAAAAUAUUUUUUGUAACAGUUUUGAUGUGUCCAAAGCCAUCACGUCUGGGUGCUCCGAUCGGCAAACAGCAAGAAUACUUUCACGCUGUCAGAAAAUCUUUGAACGAGGUUAAUGACCCAUCUGAUAUGAAGCUAGUUCCUGCUCACUGGUCCACUGACAUCAUCCAGAAUGAUCAGGGGGAUGAGAAGUUCCUAGGUGUCGACGACGAACCCGGUUUUGAUUUGUCUGAUGAAGAAAUUAGAAAGUUAAAAUUAUGGCCUCAAGGGGUUAUUCCCUAUUACAUCGAUGUUAUUUCUUUUAAUGACAAAGUACUCCGCGACCGAAUCCGUCUUUUCCUCAACGUGAUCAACAGUGUGACGCGAAUCAGUUUCCUGGAGAUGCCAAGUCCGCCGAAGGACGAGGUGACACGCUGGGUGUUCUUCGUCAACCGUCGAGGUCAACUGGGCUGUGGCGACCAUUCGAUCCUGAAUCUUACCAACGAAGGAGUUCAACCUGUCAUCUUGGGCUACGACUGCAUGUCUACGGGGGGCGAGCUGGCAGAAGCUGUGUUGUCGAUAGCUGGGAUCCCACCGCAGCACAACGCUCCGAAUCGUGACGAGUACAUCAAAGUGAUCGACGAUAAUAUCUUACCGGAGAAAAAGUAUUUGUUUCAAAAACUCAAUCACGAUCAGUGGUUGUUCUACGACAUCAAAUACGACUUUUCGAGUGCUGGGCAUUUCCAUUACCACAAACAUUCAGUAAAUGGACGAGCUACGAUCUUGACCCAGCCACUGUACAAUGGAAUAUCGAUGGGUGAGAACAACGGUUUUACAAUCAGCGAUAUAGUGAAACUAAGAAUGCUGUACAACUACAUUGUGAGGAAAAAAGUAAAUAUAGUGUCACAAUGUAACCGACUAUUUAUGCCAUCGUCGAUAGCAGGUUUCAAAAAGAGAAAACCGAAUUUUCUGGAUAAACUACCCAGAAACAAGCCACACCAAUACUUAGGACUUUCAAAAGAGCGUGCAGAAACCGAAGACAGUCAAGGCAAAAACGCUAAUGAGGACACGACGGAAGAGAAAAGUAAUUAUAGUUACAAUGAUGAUUAUACUCAUGAAUCAGGUGAUGUAGGAAAAAAAAACUACAGUAAAUGCGGAACACGAAAAAUUGGGAAUUUCAAUUCUUUCGGACAUGCAUCCAAAAGAAAGAACUGAAAUUAUAGAAGAGAUAAUUAAAGUAGUAACGGAAAUAACGAAAGGGAUUCCAAAACUACACAACAUAAGUCAUUAUUUUUCGAAUAAAAUACAACAGUUCCCUUUCAAGGCAGACAAAUUGAAAGUAGAGCCCGGACAAAAAAAAUUGAGCUACACUAUUCCAGUCGACAUUCAUUCAGAAAACAAAAAAAAAAUGACGGAAGAAGUAUUUACAAUGCUGACGGAUUCACCAAAAUGGCUUUCUAAAUUACCAAAAACAGAGCGUUAUUUGAAA